AUGAAAUAUAAAGUUCUUUUUUUUUUUAUAAUAAUAAUAUUUUUAAAUCAAGUUUCAACGGUUUUUUGUAAAUUACCAAAAGAGCAAUGUAAUUCAUUUAAAAAAUUAAAUAAGAAAUUUAAUAAACUCUCGGUCAUUAACGAUGGUUUAGAAGAAACAACCACCUAUCAAAAAUUAAAAAUCAAUAGCCUAAUGUUUAAUACAUUAUAUAGAAAAUAUUGCUCAAAGCAUCCAGACGAACCAUUGUUAGAGGAAAUGGAGGGAAACGACUGUUUAAUUUUAAAAAAAAUAAUAGAGGAUUUUUUAAUUGAACAAAAAGAAAUUGAAAACACUAAAAAAAGUUUUACAGAUAAUUAUGUCAAAGUUAAUAACGAAAACUAUAAAAAAAUUACAUAUAAUGUUAAACAUUAUUAUAAAGAAAUCAAAAACUUUGAGCAUGCCCUCUUAGAAUUUAGUCAAGAAGUUUGUAACAUUUAA